ACAAAAGUAUAUAGGUUAUGUCAACUUGUGGAGGAGAGGAAGUAUAAAGUUGCAUUUUAAAAUAUUUUCAAUUAUGUCCCUUGUUUUAGCAAAAGUUAAAUAUGUCGUAAAUGCAGCUAGUAUAAAAUCUUUAGAAGAUGCAUUUCUGACCUUGAGGUUAUCCUGUUACAACCAAAUUCGUGGAAGAACAAAAUUAAAUCCUAAACCGAGACUGAGAAAUCCAACUUGGUUCAUCAAGAAACAGAUAGCAGAAAGAGAAGAACUCGUCACUCCAGAGAAUGAAAGCUUCAUUAAAGAAGUUAUUGAGGAUAAGUACAACAAUGAGUCAGUAUCCCAAAAAGAUAUUUCAACAAAUAUCAUUUGGACUCCAAGACUUCAAAGAACUGGAGUAAUUGCAAGGAAGCUUGGAAGUUAUCCUAUGUGGAUGAAAGAUGGUAAAAUAACUUCCACUACCCUACUUCAAGUUUUGGAUAACCAUGUCAUUCGAUAUUAUCCUCCAGAGCAAUAUGAUCCACCGAGAAAAAGAAUUGAGAAAGUUUAUAAUAAGAAGGGAUGUUUACUCAUAGGAGCUGAUCCUGGAGACCCAUCUCAGUUUACAAAAGAAUACUGUGGCCUUUUUAGAGACUCUGGUGUGAUCCCAAAGAAAGUUCUGGCAAGAUUUUUCGUGAGCCCUGAUGCAGCUUUACCAUUAGGCACCCUCAUAAAUGCCAUGCAUUUUCAGGUCGGAAAUGUGGUGGACGUGAGAGGAAAAACAAUUGAUCGCGGUUUUCAAGGCGUCAUGAAACGACACGGUUUCAAAGGCAUGCCAGCUUCACACGGGGUCACAAAAACUCAUCGAAGAGGAGGUAAUAUUGGCGGAGGAGGAGAAAAAGGGCGUGUUUGGCCAGGAACAAAGAUGCCGGGUCACAUGGGCAACAGAUAUCGAAUCAACCGAGGUCAGAAAAUAUUGAGAAUAAAUACAAAGUACAAUAUAAUUUAUGUUGGAGGACAGCAUAUUCCUGGAGAGACGAAUUCUAUUGUUUACAUUUAUGACACCAAGUUACCACUACGAAAGCCUACGAAACCGCUUCCAUUUCCUACGUUCGUAGGUGAUAUAGAUGAAAGUGUGCCUGAAAAUCUUUACGAUGAAAGCAUGCACGAUUUUUCUCAAUCUAGUAUUUUGUAUGAUGAAAAUGAAUAAUCAUCUCUAAAUUAUAAAGUCAAAAAGUAAACGUUCAUUUGAUUGGUA